AUGUCUACCUGCCGCAUACUUCCGAGGCUGCCGUUGCGGCCUCCAUUCUCACAAACAACAAACUCCUAUAAACCAUGUCAUCCCCGGCUGUCAAUUCCAACUUCACGAGCCGUUUCAGCUCCUCGACGACUCGCCAUUGAGACUCACGCCAGCUCAUCCACACGCUCCCUCAUCGCCUACCACACCACCACCAAACUCUUAUCAACAGCAACCACCACCAGUCCUCCCACACCCACUGCGCCCACCACAACCGAACUACCAUCUUACACCCCCCCCCAAACCGGUCUUCUCUCCGUGCUCCCCCAAUCAUGGGUCCCCUACGCGGAGCUAAUCCGCCUCGACAAGCCCACAGGCUCCUACUACCUCUACUUCCCCUGCAUCUUCUCAACACUGCUUGCCGCCCCGCUGGCCGUCCCCACCACCCCACCGCUCACGGUCCUCGGCACCUCGCUCCUCUUCCUGGCCGGCGCCAUCGUCAUGCGCGGGGCGGGGUGCACGAUCAACGACCUGUGGGACCGCAACCUGGACCCGCACGUGGCGCGCACGCGGCUGCGGCCGAUCGCGCGGGGCGCCGUGACGCCUUUUCGGGCGGUCAUCUUCACGGGCGCGCAGCUUCUCGCGGGGCUGGCCGUGCUGCUGCAGUUCCCCCUCAGCUGCUUCUUCUACGCCACCCCGAGCCUGCUGCUCGUCGCCACCUACCCGCUGGCCAAGCGCGUCACCUACUACCCGCAGUUCGUGCUGGGGCUGACCUUUUCGUGGGGUGCGAUUAUGGGCUUUCCCGCGCUCGGGGUGGAUCUGCUGCACAAUGGUGCCGCCCAGGCGGCGGCGGCGUGCUUGUACGCGUCGAAUGUCGCUUGGACCGUGCUGUAUGACAUGAUCUACGCUCAUAUGGAUAUUAAGGAUGAUGCCAAGGCGGGGAUCAAGAGCAUCGCGCUCAAGCAUGACCGGGAGACGAAACAGGUGCUUUCGGGGCUGGCUGUUGCUCAGGUGGCGCUGUUGGCUGGCGCGGGCAUCGCGACGGGUGCUGGGCCGGCGUUUUUUGUGGGGAGUUGCGGUGGCGCGCUGGUCACGCUGGGGAUUAUGAUCAAGCGGGUUAAUCUCAAGAGUGUGAAGGACUGCUGGUGGUGGUUUGUUAAUGGGUGUUGGAUCACGGGGGGCGCGGUCACCUUGGGACUGACGGCGGAUUAUCUCGUGCGGUAUGCUGAGCGGGAUGAUGAGAAGUCGACGUGA